UUUAGUGCUUUUAGUCUAUAUAAUCUAUGCUAAAGUGUCUUCCGCACUUUUCCGUGUUUGGUUAUUGUUUCCAAAAUUUAAUAACAUUGAAAUAACUAUUUUAAAAUGGAAAUGUGUGCAGAAGAGACUCCAAAAGAAGUUACUGAAAAUAUGCUCCCCGAAGGUAGCAGUAAAGAAAAGUCACCUGCAUCUACUCCACCCUCACAGGAACAUCAAAAGAAAAUCAAGAAAGAUGACAAAAGUAGCAAGAAGGAUGACAAACAAUUAGAACAGUUUAUGAAAUCCCUCAAUUCUGUGACAAAUGUUGAUGAGAAGCUCUCAUUGGUUUGCAAAAAAUAUAUGGAGAGUACAGAAGAAAUAAAAAAAAUGCAGUUUUAUAUUAAGCAAUCUGAUAAACGGUAUGCUGUAGUUUUGAAGCAGAAGGAACAUUUACAACAGGAGUUUAAUAAAACUGUCCUUGUCAAGUCUAAGCUGGAGAACUUAUGUAGAGAGCUGCAAAAACAAAAUAAGGCUAUAAAGGAAGAAUCUCUUCUGAAGAUUCGGGAGGAAGAGGAACGUCGCAAAGAAACACAAACUAAGUUCCAGAGUACACUGUCUGAAAUUACCAUUUUAUUACAACAAAAUAAUGAGAAAAAUGUGAAGCUUCGUGAUGAUAACAUUAGCAUGAGUGAAAAGUUCAAAAGUAUAGUACAGCAAUAUCAACUUCGGGAGCAGCAAGUAGAUAAGAUGGCAAAACAAAUGGCCUUGGAAUCUCAAUUGUCUGAUGCUAAACUGCAGAAGUCAAAUUUAGAACAUCAAGCUGAAAAAGAGAGGCUUGUAGCUGAAAUGGAGCAAUUAAAAGUAACUGUAGCACAGUACAAAGCUAAGGUUAUGGAACUUCAAGGAACUGAAUCUGCCUUAAAGGGUCAAUUAGCUGUUUACACUGACAAAUAUGACGAGUUUCAAAAUGCAUUAGUAAAGAGUAACCAAGUCUUUGGUGGAUUUAAAGAGCAGAUGGAAUUGAUGUCCAAAAAGAUUAAGAAGUUAGAGAAAGAGUCAUUGUCAUGGAAGAAGAAAUGGGAGACAUCUCAAACUGCCUUGUUGGAUAUGUGUGGCGAGCGCCAGACUACAGAAGAGAGAGUUGCUGCUACAACCAGGCAGCUGCAACACAUGCAAAGUCUUUGUCGCACACUACAGGCUGAGCGCACAGUCCUGUUGAACACUUUGAAGGAAAACAAUAUAGAACGUCCACCGCUUCCGGCGCCCACUCCUGCGCCGCCUGCACCGCCGCCCGUCCAGACACAAAGCGACGCCAAGGUUGAUGCAAUGGUUGCCAACUGCGCUCAGCUGAGACAGAGUCUUGCACAUUUACAGACUCAAUUAAAUGUGUUAACCACUAACAAAAAUGACUCGAAAGAAGAACCAUCUAAACCAGAGAAACAGAAAAAAUCAAAGUCGAAAAAGAACAAAGCGGAGAAACAAGGACAAAAAGUAGACACAGACACAGAGAAAUUGGACGUGAAAGAUAAUAAUAUUGACGAAUUAACCGCAUCUAAAGAAACAGAAGAUGUAGACCAACAAAAAACUGGAGAUACUGAAGUACCUGAAGAAAAAAAUGAUGCAAUCAAUUAUAAAACUGAAUCCCCAGACAACGACGAAGCUGAAAGCCCAGAAGAUAAAAUAGAUGACCAAACAAUGGAAAGCCUGAUACAGGCUAUCAAUAUGGCUAAUGUAGACCUAUGCGAUUUGGAGGUUGUCAAUGGGGAAGUUAAUAAUAAAAUUGAUAUAGUCAAUGACUUAGCCCAUGCGCUGGAUGAUCUGCAAACAGGUGAUUCAGGGCUUCCAUUACAUGACGAUAAUGUUGAAAAGGAAUCAUCGAAACAAGAACCUGAAAAUGUUUCACUAAUUGUGGAAACAAACCCAAAUGAAGAAGUUUCGCACAUUGCUGAAGUAAAGCCAAUUUCAAAUGAUAAACCUGAGUGAUUUUUGAAGUGCGUUAAAAACUUAUUAAAAACAUUUAGUAUUCGAACUUCUUUUUUUAUUAUUUAAGUAAUCAUUAAUUUUUUUAUGGGUCCUGCCCCAGUAUUUUUUGGUUCUCAGCUAAAUAUUUUUAAUUGUGUGUGAUUUGAUUAAUUGCUACUUUAUUAAAUAAAAAUGUAUCUUAAAUUAUCUAAAGUGCCUGAAUUUAGUGAAGUCUAGUUGUCUAGUCAGAAAUCUGUAACGUAAAUUGGCUACAGAUCCAACAAAUUCACAUUACAUAACACCAAAUGAACUGUGUAGAGAUGGUUUCUUAUAUACAAUUGAAUAUUAAAUUACAAUAAUGCGUUAAAUAUGCCUCUCUUUAUUGUUAUCAAUUGGCACGACAAUCAUGUACACGUAAUGUAAUUUAGUGCAGUUUUCAAAGUUUAUUCUAAUGUUAUGCGGUUCAAAGAUAUGCACAAUGUACAUAUCUUAAUGUUAGAUACAUUAGAUUUAAGCCACGAUAUGUUUUUGAAUCUAUUGUGCUAUUAUUAGUGCAACAAUAAUAACUGAAUGAUUUAAAUUUCAAUGAAUUUGUAGUCAUUUACAUUAAACUUAGAUUUUCCAAUGUCGAAA